AUGUUGAAAAACAAACUAGAACAGUUCAGCAGGAGAAUAGUUCAUUCUCCAAAGAGACACCCCCUGUCUCUUUCAGGUAGUGGUAACGAUACUUCAACUAAAAAUACUACAAAUGAUGAUCCUAAUACCCAGCAGCAGCAGCAGUCGUCACCUCAAACGACUGCUGCUCCUAGCCAAGAGAAGUCCGAUCAGGUAAAUAAAAGUGGCAAUGCCAAUUGGCCAUCUGGUGUGCAAAGGCAAGGAGCCAACCAAGGAGGUCAGGGAGACUGGAUGCCGAAUAACUGGCAAUGGGGUCAAGUAAAGCUAUUUCUUUUUGGUAUUUCUCUUUUAGGUAUUUCUCUUUUAGGGAAAUCAAAGUUCUGUGUGGGAGGUUACAAUCAGGGCUUUGGUCCAGGUGGGUAUGGUCAGCCACCAGGAGGACCUGCAGGUUAUGGCAGUGGGCCCCCUCCAGGCCUAGGACCCUAUAACCAGCCUCCAGGUCCAGGGGGUUUUGGUCCACCACAAGGACCUGGUGCAUAUAAUCAAGGACCCGCCAGCUUUAAUCAGGGACAAGGUCCUGGUGAUUAUGGUACUAGUCAAGGCCCUAUGGGAUAUGGCCAGGGCCAAGGGAAUUUCAACAGGCCACAAGGGUCGGGUAAUCAAGGGAAUUAUAAUCAGGAGACUGAAAGAGGCAACUUUAAUCAAGGCCCAGGUCAUGGUGGGUUCAGUCAGGGACCCAAGCGAAAUGUUUUCAAUAGUGGUCCAGGUCAGAGUGAUACAGAAGGUCCAGGAAAUAGAGGCUUUAACCAGGGUCCAGAGCAAGAUAAUAUUCAAGGACCUGGUAGAGGUGGAUUUAACCAAGGUCAAGGAAGAGGCGGUUUUAAUCAGAAUCGUGUAGAAAAGGAUGAACAAGAUUCAGAGGGAUGUGGUGAUGAUUAUUAUAAUCAAGGGCCUGAAAGAGGUGGUUUUAAGCAGGGACCUGACCGUGGCGGCUACAGUCAAGGCACAAAUCGUGGUGGGAUUAAUCAAGGGACAGAUCAAAGUGAUUUUGGGAAAGGGCCAGAUAGAGACAGUUUUUGCCCAGGUCCAGAUAGUAGUGGAUAUAACCAAGGAUCUAAUCGUGGUGGAUAUGGCAUUGGCUCUGACCGAGGUUGGUUUUAG